UUACACAUAGUCUCACAAAAAUAGCUAUAAAUCGAAAAGUGAAAAAAGGAUUCGUGGUAGUUAUCUUAUAUGUUUGUUGAUACAAGAUUGAUAUAAUAAAAUAUUCACACCAAGGAAAAGCAUAGGUGCAAACAGAAGAGACUUAUAAAUAUUUACAAUUUUCGUUUCAGGAUUAUCAAUUACUAGGUGAGGUCAGCAUAUAUCUCAAGCCUACUCGGCUUGAUAACUUCUUUAACCUUUAUUAGAUAGCAGGCCAUAAAUCAAACGCUUCAAAUUUAAUUAAAUUAAGGGAAAUCAAUAUAGUUGCAUGGGAGAUGGCUGUUAGCGUGACAUUCAAUGUCUGGUUGUUUCUAAUUUUGUUUAUAACGGCUUUGUAAUAAAGGGAUCUGAUAUCAGGGCUACUUAUCUAAAACUUAAUUCAUAAAAUGGUUUUCCUUUGAAUUUGGAAUUUUGCGGUAGACUUCGUUAAACCUUUCCGAACAUAAUUUAGUGAUUUUUCUGGACAAUUUCAUGAGACACUAGCGGUGACUAAUUUCAAUUUUUUUUGGUGUAAAAUAAGCACGGUAGCUUUAGUAUUAAUUUGGUUUGGUAGACUUUUUUUCGCUUCCUUCAUGACACACUCUAUCAAAUAUUACUUAACUCCACUUUGCAACGGAAACAAAUCUAAGGAUAGCCUCCGACAAAUCUGAGCUCAAGACUGGUUUUUACCUGCGUAGUAUGACGUCUUAUAUUGAUAACCAUUGUUUGUUCAUAUAUUUUUGGUGGGUCGUCUUUCUUUCUUUUUCUCUUACUUCUCUGCAUUAGAAUCUAUAAGUACUUAUUUUUUGGAUACUAGUUUUGGCAAAUAAUUAUUCUCGCAUGUUGGUUUUAUUUUGAAUUUAAUAAAGCAGAAACAUUGAUAAAGUAACGUUCCUCACUUCUGUGAUCGUAAUCAAACAAAUCAUUCUAAAAACAUUUACACUAAUAACAUGAUUAUCUCAAACAGAAAAGUGUGAAACAUCGACGUUACAUGUUUUUCGUCAUACACAUUUAUUAAAAGUUCGAUUUAUGGUUGCAUUUGUUAUGUUUUAAGACUUUUAUUUAAUUGUGAUAUGUUGUCCUAUAUGCAUAUUAUUAUUAUAUACUUGUUCGAAAAAGUUGAUUUCUCGUAUUUUUUUUUAUAUGAGAAUAUAAAGCUUUGACAUAUAAAUGAUCAUACUGUAACACCCUAGAUUAAGCCGGAUUUUAUAGGUUUGAAACAAGAAAUUGUGUUUUAUUGUGAGUUUCGGCUUAAUUAGGUUUUAGUGAGAUAUCAGGACUUGGUGUUGAAACAGAAGAUGAGUUUAAGAAUAUGUUGAGCACUGCCUCAUAUCGAUGUUACUGGAACAGAUCUUAUCUGGUAGGUCCUUAUAAUGUUGGUAAGACGACUUUGGCUAAAAAUCUGGUUGACGACCCCAUAUCAGAAGAACGAAGAUCAACGGAUGGAAUAUGGAUAUAUCUUGGUCGGGCUGGAAUGGAUAUAGAUGAUAGAAAAUGGAUUUUCCUUCCACAAGGUACAACAUUAAAUGCAUCCGUACUAAGCAUGCUAAUGAGUUUUGGCGAACAGGAUGGUCAAAAAGAAGAGGAGGAACAACAUCUAGAUGUUCACGAUCAAAUUUACGGUGAAACAAAUAAUGGUGUCACAGCAGAGGUUACAGAAAUUCAACUUAAUGAGCUUCAGCAAAAUUCCAAUUUGGUGACAGAUAUUGCAGAUAAUAAGAACACAUCCUCUAGUCCACCACCAACGCCACCAAUAGGAAUAAACAGAGAUCAGGGCAAGUGUGAGCAGCCAACUUCUUCCCCUCCACUUCAACCUAAACAAUCUAUGACUUCUUCCCCUCCACUUCAACCUAAACAAUCUAUGCAGAAAGAAAAGAAGACAAAUGAUAAAAUUCUCCAAUUUAUUUUAUCAGAAUGCAACAGUGGUCAAUACAAGAUGAAAGUGGUACCAAUCGAUUUAUGGGACUUUGGUGGUCAAAAAGUAUACUACAUGACCCAUCAAUUGUUUAUAUCUAGCAGAGGCAUCUUUAUCAUUAUUUUUAAUGGAAGCAAAAAUAUCAACAAGGAAAUGUCAGACCUGUCAUAUCUUCCUGGUCAAAAAGGGAAGAAAACCACUGCAGUGUAUUUGAUACAUUGGGUGAAUUCUAUACUCACAUACUGCAAAACAUCGAAGGAAGGGUUCCCAAAAAUCCUUUUUGUUGCAACUCACAAAGAUUUGAUAAAUAAGGCUAAGGUUAUCAAACAUAAGACUAAACUUACUGCUUCAAUAGAGGAAUUGUUUAAGGAUCAUACAGGAAGAAAACAUCUUGAAAUCGAUCAACUGUUCUUUGUCAAUGCCAGAGACAAAGAUGACCCUGAAAUAGAUCAAUUGCGCAAGACCAUAGUAGAAGUUGCUUUUUCGCAUCCAAGAUGGGGAGAGUUAAUGCCAACUGUAUGUGUCCCUUUGGAUCUACAACUAAUGCAGAGAGCCGAAGAAGGCAUGAAAAUUAUGUCAGUAAAUGAAAUUGAAAAAAUAAAUGCUGCAAAUGGGGUGAUGGUUCUGACACAGUCCCAACUCAAUACCUUUUUGAAGAUACAGCACGCGCUUGGAAAAUAUAUAUAUUUCAAUGAAGGGCCUUUGAACAAAUAUGCUGUCAUUGAUCCAACCUACUUAGUUGAAGUCUUACGAUCUGUUGUCACAGAAGAAGAGUUCUGGCCUAAAACAGAAGAUAUCCGAAAAAUAUAUGUAUCUUUACGAGACAAAGGAAUUUUAACAAAAGCCGACCUCUUAAAGUUAUGGAAGCAGAAAGAAUAUCGCUCUUUGGAAGGCUAUAAAGAUUAUAUGAUUAAAAUGCUGAUACACCUUGAUAUUUUAAUUGAACCUAGAUCCAGUUUCCUAUCCGAGAUUCAAGUACCUGAAAAUGAGAUAUUUUAUCUUGUGCCUUGCAUGAUCAAACAGCCAGCUAAAAGGCCAAACAUCAAAGUCGACUCUAGUAUCUACUUAGCUUAUGCUUUCAACGAAGAAGUCAUACCUCCAGCUUUCAUGUACCGAUUUCUUGGUAGCUUUAUGUCCAUGUGGAAAAUCAAGUCUAUGUUCACCGAUAGCGCCAUCGUUGUUGUUGACAAAUGUCAUGAAUUGUUAUUAUAUGCAGACGGGAAAAGGCUUGUUCUUGAACUUCUUCACAAGACAAACAAGACAGGUAUUAUCGCAACUGUUGCAUCUACUGUACAGGAAUGCUUGACAAGGUCUAUCAUAGAAAUAUCUAAAUUUUAUUGGUCGGCAACAAAUAGCACUGCUUCACCUAAUCCAGAGUCAUCCAGUAUGAAGACCAUACCAGAGUUUUCAUGUGUGAUUCACGAGAUAAAAACGAGAAAACAACAGCGAAUCAUUCCAUAUACCAUAGAGUUUGGUGUUAAAUGUGCUUCUGGUCUAUGCUUCUUCCAACAUAACCUAACAACAGAGAAUCAAAACUACCGUUGGAAAUGUCCCGUGCACAAGAAGCAACAUGAUACCAGUGAUCUUAGACUUUGGUUUGCUGAAAAGGGCUUACACUUUGCAAAUGAGAAUUUUGGAUUGGUUUGUUCAAAGACGUGCCCAGGUUUGGGAGAGUUGGAAAUAGAACAGUGCCCUUCAGACCAACAAAUUGGACGACUGGUUGCUGGUUUGAAAUUAGAAGUAGUUAAGGAGCUAUUUGUUCAUCUUGAUAUGCCAAUGGAUAAAUGGGAGGACAUAGAACACAAUUACCCAUGCUCUACAGACCUCAAGAUGUUUGCAUUGUGGGAAUGGAAACAGAAAGCAGAAAAAGCAACAUUUGGUGCCUUAAAAUAUGCUUUAUCUAAAGUUAACCAAGAUUUCCACAAAUUAUGUGAAGUCUUCAGAGAAGUAGAAAUCCCUUCUUGUAAUAUACCAGCAGAAGCACUGACAAAUAUUCCAAAUGAAUCUAUAUUAGAAAACCUGUCAAACAGCAUUGGAAACGACAACAUGCAGCUUGGAUUGGAACUUGGAUUUAAGGGAGCAGAGUUGCAGGACAUUGCCUUCCAGCAUAAAACCAGACUGAUGGAGCAAACAAGAGAAAUCUUCAGAAGAUGGAGCAAACGUAGACAGCCAUUAUCUGUUAUAGCAAAGGCAUUUAUCAGAAUCGACAAAUUUGGCGUGUUUACUCGAUGCUGCUCAAAUUUGUUUUGAAGUUAUUUUAUUGAACUUGUACAAAUACAGUAGAAUUAUUCGAACCAUACAUUUUGUAAUCAUAUGUCUAACACAUGUAACUUAUUUAUAUUAUAAAAUAAUAGAGCAGAAGAUCGCAUGUUAACGUAAGGUAUUGUAUGAUGUGAGUUAUAUAUAUAUAUAAUAUCACAAAUAAUGUGUGUACAGUUUUUUUUUUUCUUUUAAUUCUAAAUGCAGGAGUAGUUAUUUUCCUCAUUUUUUGUGUCAACUGGAAAUUUUCUAUUUUUGAAAAAAAAAAAAACAAAAGUACUUUUGUUUCCACGUUAUCAACUAAACAAUAUUAUUUUUGUUUGACCUCUUUAAUACAAUAAAUUCUUAAUUUUAAAACUAUGAUAUCCGCAAAUUUUAGGGGGUGAUAAAAAAAUUGAAGGACUAUGUUAAGUGAAGGUUGAAGGACAUUCAAUAGAAAAUGGGCUUGGUGUGAAAUAUAUUCAGUUGAAGAUUGGCUACAAAAUUUUGUUUUCAAAUCUAAUGUUGUGUUUUGUAUAAUGUGAACAUAGUUGAUUUAUAUAAUAAAACUUAGAUUAA